UUAGCCCUGCAGUGCAUACUGGGACACCCCUAUCCCAGAAAACCACGCCAGUGCCAAGCUGAGGGUUCUUCCCCAUUGUGAGAAGGGGUGAAUGUCCACAGCCAAGCCCGACCAGCCGCCUUUGUCUUAGGUGUAAGAAUAAUAUUCAAUGUGCUUUGUCUUAUCUUACCUGUGAGACUUUCGUCUGAGUCAAGUUAGGUAAGUUCGACAAGUUCUGAGAGGGAAUAUCGACAUCGGAAAAAAUCCGGAAGCCGCACGUCCCACGUUUGUGCGCUGACGAGGCGUCAGGUCUAGAGAGACACUCCGCGGAUCGUGAGGGUCACGGCCGUCAGUCGGGCGGUCUCGUUUUUCGGCUACAGGCAAAUUGACAGAAUCAUCAGUGCUGUCAGGUGAACCAGGAUAACAAUGGAUGCUUCUCCAAAGCCAACAGACAGUGAAGCAGUAGAUGCAGAGGUUCCAGACAAGGCUGAAAUGCAGGUAGAGCCUGAGAAGGCAGCAGAACCACCAUCGCCAUCUAAGAGACCGUACGAAAAGGAUGGAUCAGACCAAGAGGAGGAGACAGCAGAUGCUCAGGCAGCAAAGAAGCCAAAAUUGGACACAGAUGCAGACACAGAAGUAGACACCAAGGCUACAUCUCCAGAACAGUCUGCUGAGGCAGACGCUGAACCGAAGGAGAGUGCAGACAUCGAAACAGGCAGCAAGGCUGCGGAGGAAGGAACUGCUGAAUCUGACAGCAAGGCUAGACCUUCUGAAAAUAACACAGAAGAUGAAGCCAGUCAGGACAGUAUGCAGUCCAUGUCCAGUAAAAGUUCUAAACAGAACCCAGACUCCACCACCAACGAGCAGGACAUGGAGGUGUUGGACUUCUCCAGGUCAGCUCGAGACGCCAGUGAGAGUGAAAGUGACAGUGAGAGGAGAUCAGGAACAAAUGCUAUUAAGAAGGAACGAGUUGACAACAUGGAUACAUCAGAGGCUGUAAAUGGUGAUGCCAGCAGAACAGAGCCCAGCAGCCGAGCGUCUUCUCCGGACUGCAUCAUCCUGUCAGAUGACUCAGGUUCCAAGAGUCCCGUCACCAACGGACAUGACGAGGACGCAGCCAGCAAGUCCGCCGGCAAGGGGGAGAAGAAGAACGGGCUGAUGUCACCUGAGGAUCACGACAAGGUCAUUAAGAAACUGAAGGAGGAGCUGAAAAGUGAGGAAGCGAAGCUAAUUCUCUUGAAAAAGAUUCGACAGAGCCAGGUUCAAGUACAGAGAGAAAACACUGCCCCAGGUGGUAAAGUGCCAAUCCCUCGGCAGCCCACAGCGAGCGGCCCGCCUCCGCUGGUCCGUGGGGGGCAGCAGCCCAACCAGAGGGGCCAGGUCGGCAUGCCACAGCUCAUGCGAGGACCCAUGGUACAGCAGGCUCGACAGCAAGGUCCGCCACCGCUUAUCAUGGCACCGCGCGUGACAACGCCAAGCGGGAUGAACGCCAACAACAUGGUGGGGAUGCGCGGCACCAACAUCAACAUCAUCCCCCUGCAGAUGAUCCGCCCUGUCAAUCAGGCAAAUUCUGUCACCGUGACGACGUCCAACCUUUCUGGGUCGUACCAGCCCAUUCAGGUACACCAGGUGGCGUCGCAGCACCCAGGGACCCCGCCCAGCCAACAGCAGCAGGCCAACGACCCUCAGACUGCGGCCAGCAGACAGGCAGCCGCCAAGCUCGCACUCCGCAAGCAGCUGGAGAAGACUCUACUGCAGAUCCCUCCCCCCAAGCCUCCACCACCAGAACUCACAUUCCUGCCCAGUGCUGCUAACAAUGAGUUUAUAUGCCUGAUCGGGCUGGAGGCAGUGGUGAACAAUAUUCUAGACAUGCAGGACCCAAGCAGGAAUGCAGCCCGGGCUCAGCCAGAGCCUCUGUCCUGCAAGCAGUGUAAAACAGACUUCUCUGCCAUGUGGAAACAAGAGAAACCAGGAAGCCCCACGGUCAUCUGUGAGCAGUGUGUAACAACCAACCAAAAGAAGGCACUAAAGGCAGAACAUACCAACAGACUGAAAACAGCAUUUGUUAAGGUUAGUUCAGUGAUGGAUCUCCAAACCAGUGCUGAUCACUACCUGGCCCUGCAGCAGGAGCAGGAGAUCGAGCAGCGCAUGAACCAGACUCUGCCCACCUCCUCCUCCACUCCCUCAUCCUCCUCCCCUGCCAACCUGACCACCACCCACCAGCACCAGCUGCAGCAGCUGCGCACCCACCAGCAGGUGAGGAGUCGGGGGCGGGGCAGGGGACGGGGCAGGGGCAGGGCUGGGCUUCUCCAAGCCCAUAGUCGCCAGUUCCACAGCCAGUCUCGCAGCAGCAACUCACACGUCUUCAGCCACUUUGGCCAGGCCUCCAACAUGCAGCCGGGCAUGUUUCCCUACCAGGUCGUGCAGAACAAGCCGUCCUCCGCCGCCGACCGCCACCGCGAGUACCUUCUAGACAUGAUCCCCUCCAGGUCUCUUCCACAGACAACAAUAUCAUGGAAGCAAUAGUCCUGCAGCUGCUAGAUGUGAACCAGGGGUGGGGCUGGGUGGUCGUGACAUGUACGCACAGAUGGUCUAGUGUUUGCAAUUUGGUCAAAGCCUUAGCCUGAAAUGUAGCCUUGUUUAGCUCAUGUCUACUCCAACAGUUACUACCCAACAGCAGACAUAAGCUGGAGAAGGAGAGAUCUCAGGCUAACAAACCUAGCAGUCAACUUUGAUUAUGAUUAUGCCAGUAUGAGGCCUCCUGGCCUUAAAGAAUGGGCAGAAGUAAAUACUCACUAACUACAAAGAUUAUUGAAGUGUGGAACAGUCUUGGAAAAGUUCUGGAUUGUGACAUUCUUUUGUAAUGGUUGGAGAUACAUGCAUUCGUAAAUAUAUAUGUAUACAUAUAUAUAUAUAUAUAUAUAAGCCCUGUGAAUGUUGUUACUGACAGAUAUCUCUGACAAAAAUCUUCCAGGUCCCUUGAUGUGAAGAGUAUAUUCUGUGUUAUUAAGCAACAUCAGUGCACAUGACAGGUGUGAACCAAGUGCUAUACUGUGGUGCCAUUCAUGGAUGUGAAAUAGUGGGAUGUGAAAAACAAAAUGGCCAGCCAUAACAUAAACCACACAAUUACAUGGUACAUUAUUACAUGAAAACUUUUCAAAUUGAUAUAAUGCACAUACAUCAUGACAAUGGCAAAAAUAAAGGCAUUACAUUGCACAACAGAAAGGACCAACAACAAAUUUCACAAAACUGUACGCACUGUGUGAAUGUCAGGUACACUUGAACCUCAUAUACACCAUACCUCAAGCUGUGGUCUUACUAUAAUACCAAGAAUGUAUCUACAACUGACAGUUACCACGGUGUCUUGGCUCAGUCAGUACAGCUGAAAUAUAUACACCACCACUAACUUUGCUACCCUAACAUUACCAUGAAGUAGGUGCAAGUUAUGCAAUGACUGUCUCAAUUUUGACCCCAUGCUUGAGGUAAAUUGGCAUAUUCAUAUACCGUAAUGAUUAGGAAAUCACAGCAAAAUCAGUGCAUUUCCAUGUCGCUAUACAUAUCACACAAAGGCUUGCCUACAGCAUGAAUAUAGUCAGUGCCAUAAGUAGCAUGGAAUCACAAGUUUCUUCUGAUACCAUAUGUCCAAACCACAGUACAAGGGACCCCUCUUAAGAAGUGGUGUAUACAUGUGUGCCCUCUCCCAGUUGGUUCAUUGCUUGUACAUGAGAAAAAUUGUAUUUGGUUUCUAAGAAAAACAAAACAUGGUGUAAGUUAUACUUGAGGAAAGCUAGCAUUGGUUUAUCAGCUAACACUGAUCACUUGAAUUUGGUAAGAGAUUUGGAGUCUCCAAGAAAUGGUGAUGAGAAAUAUUUUCUUCACCACUUGCAUUAUGACAGGAGUAAGGCACCUUGAUACAGAAGGAAGCAUACUUUUUAUAGCACAUCUUAACAUGAAACUUAACUUAACAUCAAUCAACCAAUCAGUUUAGAUGUAGGUCUUCCAAAGUGCAACUCUAGGAAUACCACAUAGGUAUGGAAGUCCAACAGAAAGUGAUCAGUGUUAGCUAGCUGCCAGUCUCAUGCCACAAUUUCUGGCUAAUGAUGUCCCGGGGGAUUGACUAAUGCUGCCAAAAAGAGCAGUAGAUCAGAUAUCGCGAUCUUUUCAUUAUUUGAUACCAAAAUUUCAGUGGAUUUUCAUAUUGUUAAAUCCAACAUGUCACCAUAAUAUCUCAAGACUGAUACCUCAUAGAGACUGCUUCAUAACUACUACCACAAUGUUCUAUCAUCCUUUGCUUCUUGUUCAUUGACCUGGUACCAUGUAGACAUUGAGCAGUGCAGUAUUGUAUAACAUAGUGUACUUAUAUAGGGGCAAUGCUGGCACUACAUGCAGUUCCUCUCAUUGUGCCAUUGAAGCUGAUAGCUUUGAAUAAUUACCUGCAGAGCAUGUACAUAAAAUGUGUUAAGAACUGCAGUUCAAUUGUGAAGUGCAAGGAGGCGUCCAUGUCCUUCCAGUAUUCGAUCUGUCACUACUGAAAAGACAAUAUUUUUAUUUGUCCUCUAUUUCAUAACUUGUCAUGUAUGUACCCUUUAUUUAUGGUGAACUUAGUGAUAAACAUGCAAGAACGAACCAAUGCCUUUUGUUUUGACACCAUGUCAGUUACCAUCUGUGCAAAAACUUCUGGUAAUACAAUGUGAAUAUUUAUUGUCAUGGUUUAGUUAAUAUGUUCAAUUCCACUGAUGAUGUAAACUGAGAGUACAGUAUGGAGAACCCGUGAUGGGGAGACAUCACAAUGUGCUAAUGAUAUUUUCAAAAAUUGAUGUUGACAUGUAGCAAAAAAUAAAAAGCCU